AUGCAGGCCAUCGAGCAGAGCGGACCAGAGGAGGCAAGACCAGAGGAGCCAAGACCAGAGGAGCCGAUACCAGUGGAACAGAGAGCAGAGGGGGCAAGAGCAGAGGAGGUGAGACCAGAGGAGGCCAAGACCAGAGGAGGUGAGAGCGGAGGAGGCGAGACCAGAGGAGACGAGACCAGAGGAGGCCAAGACCAGAGGAGACCAGAGGAGGUGAGAGCAGAGGAGGCCAAGACCAGAGGAGGUGAGAGCGGAGGAGGCGAGACCAGAGGAGACGAGACCAGAGGAGGCGAGACCAGAGGAGGCGAGACCAGAGGAGGCGAGACCAGAGGAGGCGAGACCAGAGGAGGCGAGACCAGAGGAGGCGAGACCAGAGGAGCCGAGACCAGCGGAGCCGAGACCAGCGGAUCCGAGACCAGAGGAGCAGGACCAGAGGAGGCGAGACCAGAGGAGGCGAGACCAGAGGAGGCGAGACCAGAGGAACCGAGACCAGAGGAGCCAAGACCAGAGGAGCCGAGACCAGAGGAGGCGAGACCAGAGGAGGCGAGACCAGAGGAGGCGAGACCAGAGGAGGCGAGACCAGAGGAGGCGAGACCAGAGGAGGAGAGACCAGAAGAGCUGAGAUCAGAAGAGCAGAGACCAGAAGAGCCAAGACCAGAAGAGCAGAGACCAGAAGAGCCGAGACCAGAAGAGCCGAGACCAGAAGACUAUAGCAUCCAGCACCAGAGAUUAGAGGUCCCGGAACAGAAAAGAUGA